AUGGGUGAUAUGUUAACUUCUAUCAAAGCAUUUAUUGUUAAAGAAUUAUGUGUUGAUCGUAUAUUAGGUAUGGAUUUCAUCAAUAAAUAUAAAUUGAUUAUUAAUACUGAAGAACGAACUGUUUCGAUUCGUGAUAGUCAUAAACGUACCACCUUACAAUUUGACGUCAACAAACAUUGUAUUAAUUAUCCGGCACGUUUAAUCAAACAUAUUCGAAUUCCACCAAAACCAAAGGUGUUAAUUCCAGUAUCAGCUGCAUUAUCAUCAGCUCAAGUAUACUAUUGGGUGGGUACAAGUACUAUUCCUACUUUAUCUUUUAAAAAAGAUUCACAUAUAGAUUAUUCAUUAGUACAGAAAAAUAUAUUUAAUUUAAUUCAACAUAUUACUAAUGCUGAACAAAAAGACAAAGUUAAACGUAUUCUUGAUAAAUAUGCAAAAUUAUUUGAUACAACUAAACCUACAAUUGUUAUUAAUGUAAAACCACAUGCAAUUAAAACUCUUGAUUAUCCACCUCCAUCAUCCAAACCAUAUUAUUCUACUCCAGCUAAACAAGAUUCAAUGUAUAAGAUUACACAAGAAUGUAACAAAAAGAGAAUAAGUUUAACUCUACCGUUAUACGCGGCAUUGAUGUUAGUCGAGCUACUUCGUUACCAAUAUUGGCACAAAGAAUUAUUUCAGUUUGAAUUAAUUCGUCCAUCUUAUUCUCCUGAUGCUGCACAGUUAUUCAUCGGCAAAUCUACUAGAGUUAAUAAUUGGGCAGGUGAAUUAACGACAAACAAUUCAACUUUAUCAUCAUCUCGAAGACAAAACAUGAUUAAUUAUGCAAUUUACAAUGUCUUUUUAACAACUUAUUGGAUUCGACCAAUAUUAAGAAAAUGGAUAUUUCAACAAUUAAAAAAUACAAGAAUCAAUGAUUUAUUUAUUUCAUUUAAAUCAACAUUACCACCGUCAUUUCUUCAAAAAACAAAAAAAUUAAAAAAAAUGUUAAUACAAAAAUUUGUUAAUGCAUUACUUGGUGAUGACGAAUUAGAACCAAUUUCUGAUGAUGAAAUUUACGUUAAUCAACUUGUUGGCCCAGUUAAACAAGCACCUCCUGCUAUUGAGGAAAUUUCAGACGAUGAACAACAACUAACUGAUCAAUUACUUGCAAAUGAUAUUGAAUUAAUUAUUCAUAAUGAUGGCCAAGUUAAAUGA